GAUCAGAGUUUGAUCAGGGCGUCCGGUCGAUAGUCGAGCAGCAGAUUCACCAUAACAGACAGUUCUAGAAGUUUCUACCGGUCCGUUACCGGUCCGUUACCGGUCCGUUACCGGGGUCUGCAUGAUCAACAUCACCAGCAGCGGGAGUCGCCUCUCCGUCUUCAACCGGAUACACAAGUUCUGCUGAGUUCUACAGCGGUCCAGCAGGCUAAGCUAACAGCUAACAGUGAAGCUAACGGCUAAGCUACCAGCUACCACCACCUCUCAGCGGUCUGAGGCGGGAGCGGAGGCCGGGAGCGGAGUAGCGGAGGCCGGGAGCGGACGGGGCCGGGAGCGGAGUAGCGGAGGCCGGGAGCGGUCUGAGGUUCUGCGAUGUUCGGCUGCGUGGUGGCGGGCCGGUUGGUCCAGACCGACGCGGUCCAGGUCGCUCCGGAUAAGUUCGUGUUCACGGUUCCGGACUACCAGACCGUGAAGCACGUGGUGGUCUUCAUGCUGGGCUCGGUUCCGUUCCCAGCCGGGAUGGGGGGGGCAGUCUACUUCUCCUACCCGAACCAGGACCCGGUACCGGGCGGCGGGGCGGUCUGGCAGCUGCUGGGCUUCAUCAGCAACGACAAACCCAGCGCCAUCUUCAGGCUGUCCGGGCUGCAGGGGACCGGGACCGGGACCGGGGGACAGAACCCCUUCAGCUCCUCCUCCUCCUCCUCCUCCGCGGCCCAGGUCGGGGUCUCGGUGGAGGCUCUGGACCAGCUGGCCCAGCAGGUCCCGGUGUCCUCGGCCUCGGUGUCCUCGCUGGACUCCUUCGUGCUCUUCAGUCAGAAGAUGUUGGACAGUUUCUUUAACUUCGCGUCGUCCUUCGCGGUGUCGCAGGUCCAGAUGACCCCGAACCCGUCCGAGACCUUCAUCCCGUCCAGCUGCGUCCUCAAGUGGUACGAGAACUUCCAGAGGAGACUCAACCAGAACCCGAACUUCUGGAGGACCUGAGACACUAGAGACUAGAGACAGCUCCCACACAGUGCCUCCAGGAUCUAAUAAAACACUUUGAACCAGCAACCUGCUUCUAUCGAAACAACAACAACAACAACAACAACAACAACAACAACAAGCAUCAGGCUCACUAAUAAUAAUAAUAAUAAAUAUAUAACAACACUUUA